CCGCCGCAGCCGCUGAGACCGCGGGCCGCAGCUCGGGCGCAGCUCCGGGGCCGGGCCGGGCAGCCGGGUCCGCGAUGCGGCCCUGAGGCCCAGCAUGGCCCACCCCGGCCCCACCUUCCCGCUGCACCGGCUGGUCUGGGCGAACCGGCACCGCGAGCUGGAGGCCGCGCUGCACAGCCACCAGCACGACAUCGAGCAAGAGGAUCCCCGCGGGCGCACCCCCCUGGAGUUGGCCGUGUCCCUGGGGAACCUGGAGUCCGUGCGAGUGCUCCUGAGACACAAUGCCAACGUGGGCAAGGAGAGUGGCCAGGGCUGGGCAGUUCUGCAGGAGGCGGUCAGUACCGGGGACCCUGAGAUGGUGCAGUUGGUGCUUCAGUACCGGGACUACCAGAGGGCCACCCAGCGGCUGGCAGGCGUUCCAGAGCUGCUGCAUAAGCUACGCCAGGCCCCCGAUUUCUACGUGGAGAUGAAGUGGGAGUUCACCAGCUGGGUGCCCUUGGUGUCCAAGAUGUGCCCGAGCGACGUGUACCGCGUGUGGAAGCGGGGCGAGAGCCUGCGGGUGGACACCAGCCUCCUGGGCUUCGAGCACAUGACCUGGCAGCGUGGCCAGAGGAGCUUCAUCUUCAAGGGCCAGGAGGAGGGCGCCCUGGUGAUGGAGGUGGACCACGACCACCAGGUGGUGCACACGGAGACGCUGGGCCUGGCGCGGCACCAGCCGGAAGCGCUGCUGGCAGCCAUGCGGCCCAGCGAGGAGCACGUGGCCAGCCGUCUCACCUCCCCCAUCGUGUCCACCCACCUGGACACCCGCAACGUGGCCUUCGAGAGAAACAAAUGUGGGAUCUGGGGCUGGCGGUCGCAGAAGAUGGAAACUGUGAGCGGCUACGAGGCCAAGGUGUACAGUGCCACCAAUGUGGAGCUGGUGACACGCACGCGAACGGAGCACCUGUCCGAUCAGGACAAGUCGAGGAGCAAAGGGGGGAAGACUCCGUUCCAGUCCUUCUUGGGGUUGGCCCAGCAGCACUCCUCCCACUGCGGGGCUUCUGUGCAGCAGGCAGCCAGCCCCACCAACCCCACGGCCAUCUCCCCCGAGGAAUACUUUGACCCCGACUUCAGCCUGGAGUCCCGGAACAUCGGCCGCCCCAUCGAGAUGUCCAGCAAAGUACAGAGGUUCAAGGCCACCCUGUGGCUGAGUGAGGAGCACCCGCUGUCCCUGGGUGACCAGGUGACACCCAUCAUCGACCUGAUGGCCAUCAGCAAUGCCCACUUUGCCAAACUGCGUGACUUCAUCACCCUGCGCCUGCCACCAGGCUUCCCAGUCAAGAUUGAGAUCCCCCUUUUCCACGUGCUCAACGCCCGCAUCACCUUCAGUAACCUGUGCGGCUGCGACGAGCCGCUGAGCUCCGUGUGGGUGCCGACCCCCGGGGACCCUGGCUCCGGACCCCCGGCUUCAGGCCCUGGGUGCCCCCUCCCAUGCGAGGUGGACCCUGCGGUGUUCGAGGUGCCCGAGGGCUACAGUGUGCUGGGCGCCGAGCGCAGCGAGCCCCUGCGGGACGAGGACGACGACCUGCUGCAGUUCGCCAUUCAGCAGAGCCUGCUGGACGCGGGCACCGAGGCAGAGCAGGUGACCGUCUGGGAAGCACUAACCAACACCCGGCCCAGCACCCACCCUGCUCCUCAAGUCACGGCUUAUGAGGCGCAGCUGCAGCUGGAGCGGGCCCUCCAGGAAAGUCUGCGGAUGUCCACAGAGUCCAGGGACCCAGGAUCCCUUCCGAGGAUGCCCCCGACCCCCGUCCCCCCCAGCUUCGAAGAGCAGCUCCGCCUGGCCCUGGAGCUGUCCUCCAGGGAGCAGGAGGAGCAGGAGCGGAGGGGGCGGCAGGAGGAAGAAGACCUCCAGCGGAUUCUUCGGCUGUCCCUCACAGAGCACUGAGCACCCUGCCCUGGAGCUGGCCGGUGCGCCCCUCUUACACACAUACACCCGCUUUUAUAACUUAUUUAUUUAUAAACUGUCGGCGGCUGCGUGUAGGGCCUGGAGCCCUGGGGGCGGGCUUGCCUUGGAGACCAAGAUGAUAAUAAAGAGACUUCAGCAGCAGGC